AUGUGCUGUGAUGCUGGAGCCAGAGACAAGAUGAACGCUGAUUACGAAAAAGAGUGCGGUCCAGGAAAGCUGAAGCAUCAAAUGGAUAUCGGAGGAAUUAACAUCCCAAUGUUCGGAAAAACAUGUGAUUCUGCAUUCUGUCCACAGAACACCAAGUGCCAUCAAGGAAACUAUUUUGCCUAUUGCUGUGCCUAA